UUCCAUCUCUCCGCGGUUGACCAUUUCCAUUCGAUACACUACGCAGUAUCUUCUUCUCAGUCCUCUCUCUCUCUCUCUCUCUCUCUCUCUCUCUCCAUAACCAUCGAAGAUGAGCUCUCAGGCACGCAGAUCUGCUUAUCGAGCUGCGAGGACUCUCCUCUCCGCUCCAAAGCAGAAUUCUCACGUUGUGGCUGAAGGUCGAGCUGUAGCUUCAGCUGCAGCAGUUGUAUUCAGAGGAAAGGUGCCAUUUCUAGCUUCAUAUGGGAGGACACAUUCUGGAAAUGCAUCCGGAGGAUGGAUUUCUGGGGCCCUUGCCCUUCCUGCAGCAGCAUACAUGCUUCAGGAGCAGGAGGCACAUGCUGCAGAGAUGGAGCGCACUUUCAUUGCUAUCAAGCCUGAUGGAGUGCAGAGAGGGCUGAUUGCUGAAAUCAUAUCGCGUUUUGAGCGGAAAGGUUUUAAGCUUGUAGCCAUCAAAAUAGUAGUUCCUUCGAAGGACUUUGCCCAAAAGCAUUAUCAUGAUCUCAGUGAAAGACCUUUCUUCAAUGGCCUAUGCGACUUCCUUAGCUCUGGCCCAGUUAUUGCUAUGGUCUGGGAAGGUGAAGGAGUGAUAAAAUAUGGGAGGAAGCUCAUUGGAGCCACGGACCCACAGAAAUCAGAACCUGGAACCAUCAGAGGGGAUCUAGCUGUUGUUGUUGGAAGAAACAUCAUCCACGGAAGUGAUGGCCCUGAGACAGCCAAGGAUGAAAUCAAGCUGUGGUUUAAACCCGAAGAGUUGGUUAGUUACAUGAGCAAUGCGGAGAAGUGGAUCUAUGGAGACAACUGAGUUUUUGGUUCUUUUUCUUCACGGCGUAGGAUACUAUUAACAGAAUAAAGCGAUUUUACUUCGGGCAAAGCAGACUCUCGGACUCCCACUGAAAUAAAUCGCCACAAUGAGCCAUUGUAUCUCUUUGUUUACGGUUCCAAUUUUCCUGCUGUAUUUCUACCAAGUUUUGGGGAAAGAGUCUUUUUCUUGUUACAAUGGAUCUUUAGUACCAUUCCGAUCAAGCUUUCACAGCGACUGAAUGUUGCGAGAGGAAGUGUUUUACAUGAAAAACUAAGCUUGAAUUUGUUUUCGAUGUUCGUUAAAGUGGUCUAAAUGCAAUGUUUUGAGUCUUUUGAUCCA